AUGCGUCUAAAAAUUAAAUUUAAAGAAAAUAUCUAUGAAAUAGAAUUAAAUGAAGACAACACAGUAGAAGAUCUUCAGAUGGCAAUAUUUUCUUUUAUAGAUAUUAAUAAUUUUGAGAUUAAACAUAAAUUUCCCCCGAGAAAAAUUGAUAUUUCAGAUUGUGAUAGAACAUUAAAAUCUUUGGGCAUUUGGGAUGCAGAGGUACUUUUAGUUAAAGAAAUAGAUACGGAUACGGAGGAAUAUAUGAGAAAAGGUCAAAAUAUGGAUGGAAAUGGAAUAUUUUCGACUAAUUCACCAUCACAAACAUCUAUUUCGAAAUCAAAUGAUGAUCCUUUUGCUCCACCGGAGAUUGAACUAGAAAAUAGCAAUGGAAGAGUUGUUUUAAGGGUAAUGCAGAAUGACAAUUCAUGUCUGUUUCGUGCAGUAGGAUAUAUAAUUAUGGGAAAAAUGGAUACAGCAAAUGAAUUACGAUCAUUGGUUGCUCAAACUAUCCAAAAUGAUCCGGCAACAUAUUCAGAUGCAAUUCUUGGGCGCUCAAGAGAUGAAUAUUGCAGAUGGAUCAAUAAAACUAACAGUUGGGGGGGAGCAAUCGAAAUAUUAAUUCUUGCAAAUCACUUUGAAGUUGAAAUAUGUUCUAUAGACGUAGCAACAGGAAGGACAGAUCGUUUUGGAGAAGGAAGACCCAUGUGUGGAUUUAUUGUGUAUUCAGGAAUUCAUUAUGAUGCUAUUGCAUUAACUCCGAUGUCAGGAGCAUCGCCUAAUUUUGAUACGACGAUUUUCUCAGUUGAAGAUUUAAAUGUAAGAAAAGCAGUUUUAAAGCUUACGGAUUAUCUACGGAAAAUUCACUAUUAUACUGACACAUCAAAUUUUUUACUAAAAUGCAAAAUCUGCAAAACAAAUCUUCGUGGAAGAAAAGAUGCACUAGAACAUGCAAGAAUAACCGGCCAUUCAAACUUCGAUGAAUACUGAUGUCAUAAAAAGCUUUCUUCAUUUUUACUUUUAAAAAGGAUAAAAUAUUGAUAAGUGUCAAAUUUAAAAACAUCAAAAUAUAUGAUUCUUAAUAUCUAUUCCAACAGCAGCUUCCGCCUCUUCUUGAGAAUAUGGACAAAAAUGAACCUUUUUUUAUGAAGUUUUCCUGUUCGAUGCUUUACCAAUGUAUUAUUUGUUUCAAAAUAUCUUGAACAUUCAAUACAAUAGUGCUGGCCUAUUUAUUUAAGAAUAUAUCUUUAUUAAUAAAAAAUUCUUUACCAAGUCCAGGUAAAUCAGGAU